AUGAAUAGCAAGCUCCUUUUCCUUAAUAUCAGCACACAGGCUCUUUAUGACACCUAUAAACUGAUGGUGGCUACUUAUGUGAUGGACGACUUUGGAGAUACCCAACUGCGGUGGGAAAGCAUCGACGUUGUCACAUCGUGCGAAAGAGUGAUUUAUGAAUCUUUUCCGGAGAUAAAUACGAAUUUUCCAGAAAGUCUCACAGCAAAAUCUCAACGGUCUGCGAUGUUGACAGAUGGGACAGGCGAGACCAUCCUUCAGCUUCGAAGCGCGAUCGAACUCCACAAGAACAACGUCAUGUGUUUGAAAGGGAUCUCCACAGCGAAUGAAGGUUACAGGCAAGAGGUUCUGUUUGAAAUGAGAAGAGUAUGGCUGUCAAUCAUAUCUGAUGUUAAACUCGGCAUCAUUACCUUCGGAUCCCGCGAGAAUCCACUACAGAAUGAACCGGGAGGUAGCGCAGGAUUUGAUUUCUACGACUGGCUUCAAUCAUACGGCGUGGAGAGUUUGUUCUUCAGCUACAUAUUGGCUUUCAUGAUAUGUCGUGUUAGUGAUGGAAACGACUUAUUUACCCCCCUGGAAAACUAUCUUGUUCAUGAUUGGUGUCGACACAAGACCAUUCAAACCAGGCUUUUCAAUGAAGUUGAAAGCAUGGCGCGUGAUAAAGAAGAGUCUACAGUAAACGUGGUCAAUUUCUUGGCUUUUCGUGAAUUGAAAGUUGCCAAGACUAGAGCAGACAUUCUUCAAAUGGCAAAGCUCGAGGGAGAGAUGGCUAGCAUUUGUUGGGAAAGGCUGGAGGCUCUCGUGUUUCCAAAGUGUUCAGCCCGCGUGAAAGCGAUGAUUCAAUUUCUGAAUUGGGUCACUGAUGCGUAUUCAGAAUUGAGAGUUGAAGCCCAGGCCGCAGACAAUCAAUCAAUCAUCAAUCAAUACCCCACUAACCUGAUGCAGCCUAACUACUACCUACCUACCCGCUUCGUCAAUGACAUCUUGAGCAAUUCACACAUGCUCUCGAACAAUUGCAGGACUGCAAUCAGAGAGAUGCCAGCGAGUCUCCUAGCUCUACCUGUUGAACUUCGCAAAGAGAUAUACAGAUAUCUCUUCGUGCGCAAAGAACCCAUUGAUCCCUGGAAUGGAGGUCAUAAGCUAGAUGUCAAACUCUUCUGUACGAAUACGGUAAUUCUACUUGAGGCCAGCUCACUACCCUAUGGCCAUAAUUGCUUUGAUCUCAUGUGGGAGCCUGGACUUAUACCUGAAUUUAUUGAUACUGUUGGUUUUAUCAACGCAUCUCACCUUCACUGUGUCCGCAUCGACUUUCCAAAACUACGUGAUCUCGAAGACGAAGUCAGCCUGGAAGAUGUCAGCCUCAAUAUGCUGGGAAAAAUUAAAUCAUACUACACGAGUCUAAGAAAGCUUAUAAUAGCCCAGAAAGCACAAAUACCAUGGAAUACCGGCUAG